AUGGCGCGAGCCGUGGCGCGGCGCGGGAUCCCGCGCGGCUGCACGUCGCGGCCCUUCGCCGCCGCCGCCGUGCUCGACGCGCUGCGCUGCUUCGACGACCGCCGCGUGUACGUGGAGCCCAGCGAGGGCCGCCUGGCCGCGGCGGGCGCCGACUCGCUGGCCGCCGUGGCCGUGCGCGCGCGCCUGGCGCCCAACCACCAGGCGCGCUCGGCGGCGCUGGCGCUGGCGCCGGGGACCAGCGCCGCGGCCUCCGCCGGCGCCUGGCUGCAGCUGCGCGCCGCCGCCGACCUCGCGCCGCACGACGAAUUGCUGCUGUGGCCGGACGACGAACUGCUAGCGCGGCUGGCGAUGCCCUUUCUUACCUUGACCAAUGUUUUAGUAAGCGCAAACUCAUCGACGGGCGGAGUUAGCUACGCUUGCCACUUGUGCCAGGCGCGCUUCGACCAGCCGCACCCGCUGAAGGUGCACCUGCUGCUCGGCUGCGAGCCGUACUGCCCACACGCCUUUUGGCGCCGCGUGCUACUCGCCGCCAACCCCCCGCCCGCCGCCGCGCCCCGGUCAGCCACGGCCCCGGCGGCACCGCCGCCCCCGCCAGGCGUCUCGCCCGCCGAUCUGGAGGCGCUGGCCACGGCGUGGGGCCGCGUGCCCGCGGGUCACCUGUGCCUGUACUGCGGCAAGGUGUACUCGCGACGCUACGGGCUCAAGAUCCACAUCCGCACGCACACGGGCUACAAGCCGCUGCGCUGCCGCCACUGCGCGCGCCGUUUCGGCGACCCCAGCAACCUCAACAAGCACGUGCGCCUGCACGCCUCCGCGCCCUCGGCCGCCCCCUCCCGCUCCCCGCACAGGUGCGCGCGGCGCCCCCGCCGCCCCAAGCACCCCGCGCCCUCCCCGCCGCCCCCUGGCCCCUGA